GGCCCCACCACUAAACACAUUUCCAAUUUCUUCCUCCGUUCCCAACAAGUUCCUCCACCACUCUUCACUCUCUCGAGCCAAGAACUCAACUCUGAAAUAAUCUUGUUUUUUUUUUUUUCUUCUCACUAGAAAACGAUGAAUCAAGAAUUCCCCCGCCGGCCUCUACUCGCCGGCGCCGAUGUGGGUUCCACCGGAAACUCCAUGACCACCUUUUUCGCCAACCCUUUCGCCGGAAUAUCCUCCAACUUCAACCGCCGGAGAAUCUUGACAGACGGCGGUGGCGCCGGCGGCGGAGGUGAUCCGGCAGCUCCGGUGAGCAGGGACUGCGGCUACUCGAGGCCGUUUUUGUUUCUAGACAUGAUUUGGAACAUGGCGUUCGUUGUGGUUUCUGUUUUUGUGCUGUUGGUAACUGUUGAAGAAAGGCCUCUCACUCCUCUUCGGCUGUGGGUUUGUGGCUAUGCUUUGCAGUCUCUUCUGCAUGUUGGAUUUGUGUGGGAUGAGUAUCAAACCCGGAAUCUCGACGAAUACGCCGACGACGACGAUGAAGAUGAUAGCGGCGGUGGUGGUGGUGGUGGUGGUCAAGAUUUUCAUUUUCAAAGGGUGUCUUCAUUUUCAGGCCUCUUUCAGAAAAGCAUAAUCAAGAAGUUGGAGUCGAUUAAUAGUAUCGUUUCAUCGGUGUGGUGGGUUUUCGGAUUUUAUUGGGUAGUCAUCGGCGGCCAACCUCUUCUUCAAGAAUCUCCUCGUCUUUACUGGUUAUCGGUGGUCUUUCUAGCGUUCGACGUAUUUUUCAUGAUCUUCUGCAUUGCAAUGGCGUGCGUUGUUUUCUUCCUACUGUUCUGCUGUUUCCCAAUCUUAGCUACAGUUGCCUACGCCAUGACUAUUAAAGAUGGAGCCUCCGAAAACGAUAUACGACUCCUCCCAAAAUAUUUCUACCGGCACCAAAAUACUCUACCCUCGUUCCAUAAUAACAACAAAAAAGAAGAAUUCAUUUCAAGCGCAGUUCCUGCCAAUAGCAAUUCCAAACCCGAGCUCGUUCUUCAUCCAGAUGAUUCUGAAUGUUGUAUAUGCCUCUACAAAUAUGUAGAUGGAGCCGAGCUCUGUGCACUUCCGUGCAACCACCAUUUCCACCAUAUAUGCAUUACGAAGUGGCUCCGUAUAAACGCCACCUGUCCGCUUUGCAAAUUCAACAUUCUCAGAGGCGGCGACAUGUUGGUUUAAACCGUUCGAUCCCAACUAAUAUACAUAGAGAGAGAGGAAAAAAAAAAAAAAAGAAUACGCGCGCGCGCCCUCGUUUUUUCUUGCUAAUGUACAGUGGCGAAAAUCGGCGAAUCCGAAGAGCAGUUGAGUUGUUUAUAAGGUAGUCUUGGAUUGAGGUUUCUUUGAUGUAAGAACACUCUCUGCAUAUUUGACUUUAAUAAUUUGUAGCUUUGAUUGUGGUUAUAUUGUAAGGGGUGUUUUAGUCAUUAAUUAUAAUAGUAAAAGAAAUCAGUGAGAUUGAAUACAAGUGGACAUUCGUCUUAGCACAUAGUUUAGUGGUCCACUAAGUGUGAUUAGUGGUUUAAAUUUGGUCAAAUUGCAAUGUUAGCAGUUAGCACA